GGAUAACGUCAUCGUGGCGUCACCACAGCGUCCUCUCUGAUAGGGUGGAAAAGCUGCGGGGGAAAAGCCGCGGGUUUAAACAACACACCGACCUCCUUGCCAUCAAACAAACGUUUCGUGUCUGGAUUUAGUGUCAGUUUGUGCCGGUGAAACUGCUCAAACAUCGCGAUGGACGUUUCUCCCCGUGGCGGUGAAGUUGAGGAGAUUUCCGAGAAACUGGAAAAGUCUUUAUCCAUGGAUACAGACGACAAGAUGGAAGCUUACCACAGAUUCAUUCAGAAAGGUAAAGACGCCAUCAGACAAGGGGAGAUGCACAAAGCGCUGGAGUUGUUCAAACUGGGGUACGACCUCCACCAGAGUCAGAAACUUCAAACGAGGAUUAAGAAAAUCGAAGAAUUUAUUGCUCAGAACGACUUGGAGGAGGAAGAUGAAGAGUUUGUCAACAUCAACAACAGCGGUCUGAUGCUCUUUAAAGACUUGCACGACAAACUCUAUGACUACCAGAGGAGCGGCGUGGCCUUCCUCUACAGCCUCUACAGAGACGGUCGGAAAGGCGGGAUCUUAGCGGACGACAUGGGUCUGGGUAAAACCAUUCAGGUCAUCUCAUUCCUCUCUGGUAUGUACGACAACGAGCUGGUCAAUCACACACUGCUGGUCAUGCCGACGUCACUCAUCACAAACUGGACCAAGGAGUUUGCCAAGUGGACUCCCGGCAUGAGGGUGAAGGAGUUUCAUGGAACCAACAAACGAGAGAGGACCAGGAACUUGGAGAAAGUCCAGAAGAGGGGUGGCGUCAUCAUCACCACGUACACUAUGCUCAUGAACAACUGGCAGCAGCUGUCCUCGUACAACGGCAAAGAGUUCACGUGGGACUACAUGAUCCUGGACGAGGCACACAAAAUAAAAACAACGGCCACCAAAACGGCCAAAAGCGCCUGCGCCGUACCGUCGAAGAACCGAGUUCUCCUCACAGGAACUCCGGUCCAGAACAACCUGAGAGAAAUGUGGGCGCUCUUCGACUUCGCUUGUCAAGGAACGCUCCUCGGCACGGCGAAAACGUUCAAAGCAGAGUAUGAAAAUCCAAUCACCCGGGCCAGAGAGAAGGACGCCACUCCGGGAGAAAAGGCUCUCGGGUUCCGGAUGUCUGAGAACCUCAUGGUCAUAAUAAAACCCUACUUCCUCCGCAGGACGAAAUCAGAAGUGCAGAAGAACAAAAUGAACGGCGCACAUCCUCACACAGAGGAGCAGGCGGACGGCAGCGACGGCCUAGUCCCACAAGAACACCAAGACUCUGGGGCGGUGAUGCCAACGCUGACGAGGAAGAACGACCUGAUUGUGUGGACGUACCUGAGCGCCGCUCAGGAGGACAUCUAUCGACAGUUCAUCACACUGGACCACAUCAAGGAGCUGCUCCUGACCACCAGGUCGCCUCUCGCCGAAUUAAACAUUUUGAAAAAGCUGUGCGACCACCCGAGACUGCUCUCUGCCGGAGCCAUCGCCAAGCUGGGUUUGGAGGAGAGCGCAGCUGAACACCAGCAGGAGGACGACGUGGAGACGGACUCUCACAGCAUCGCCAACGUCCCCGACAGCACGUUAAUAUCCGAGUCCGGGAAACUCGUUUUUCUGUUUGCGCUUCUCGAGCAGCUCCAACAGGAAGGCCACCGCACGCUCGUCUUCGCUCAUUACAGGAAGGUGCUCGACAUCAUCGAACGCAUCCUGGGCAACAGAGGCUUCAAAGUGCUGAGGCUGGACGGCACAAUAAAGCAGAUGGCCGAGAGACAGAGGCGCAUCACUCUGUUUCAGACAGACAAGCGCUACACCGUCCUCCUCCUGACCACCCAGGUCGGCGGAGUCGGCAUCACCUUGACGGCAGCGAGCAGAGUCGUGAUCUACGAUCCCAGCUGGAACCCGGCGACAGACGCCCAGGCCGUGGACAGGGCGUACCGCAUCGGGCAGACGGAGAACGUGGUCAUCUACAGGCUGAUCACCUGCGGCACGGUGGAGGAGAAGAUUUACCGACGGCAGGUUUUCAAAGACUCCCUCAUCAGACAGAACACCGGAGACAAGAAGGACCCGUUCAGAUACUUCAGCAAACAGGAGCUGAAGGAGCUCUUCACCCUGGAGGACACCCAGUCCUCGGCCACACAGCUGCAGCUUCAGGCCCUGCACUCCAGACACCGGCAGACAGACCCUGAGCUGGACGAGCACAUCGCCCAACUCCACGCCAUGGAGAUGUUCGGUAUCUCCGACCACGACCUCAUGUUCUCCCUCGACGUCCAACACGACGGGGCGCUGGAGGACCAGCAGGAGCAACAUUACAUCGAAGGGCGGGUCCACAAGGCUCAAGAGCUGAUGAAGGCGGAGUCGGAGUUGCAAAUGCAGCUGGUGGAGAGCAUGGCUUCCAGCACAGAGCCGGCGUGGCUCAGACAGCCGCCGGACGGCAACAACAGAGAGCGGCCCCGCGAGAGAGAACCAAGAAAUCCAAGACCGAGUCCGUCAUAUCCUCAACAUGACGGAGACCUAAACCGCUCACCGGUUGUGGUGGAGCUGGACCGCUCGGGUUCUGGCAGCGAGGAUGUCCAGCAGAAUCUGAGCAACCAGGUUAUAAAUCUGACUUCAGACGAGAGCGUGACGGAAGAACCUGCUGCUGAAGUCUCAGAGCAGAACCUGGAUUCACCGAGACACCGGUCUGUCCCGCAGGACGGGAGCUGCCUGGAAGCAGCAGACGCCUCCUCUCAGGAGGUGAUGGAGAAGUCUCUGGAGAUGGUGGAGGCUGCAGGUGAUGUGGCAGAUGCCUCCAUGCAAGAACUAAUGGACCAAUCAGCGAUGUCGGAGGCCGCGGUCGCUCCAGCAGGUGAACGCAGCCUGUCGUACGUCACAGCGUUUGAUGAGAACCAACAAAACGGAACCUCACACUCAAAAUGCGAGGACUCUGAGAUGGAGCUGGGUCACGCUUACGUCACGCCGCUGCAGAACAAAAGACUGUCUGUCUUACAAGCUUCAAGCUCAAGCUUCAGAGCAGAAACGUCGUCCAGAGUCAGCACCGGCCUCGAGUCCUUCGAAGGAAACUUCAACUUACAGCUGGAGGACAGCGACGCCUUCUCAGACAACGACGCUCAGGAUCCUGUGGAGACGGAGGCGGAGGAGAGGAAGCUGUUGGCAGAGCUGCAGGUGGAGGGGAGUUUCGACGUCAAUAGAUCUCUGUGUGAGAGGAAACACAAAGACGCACAGAGCCUCAACAACGGCCACGCCUCCCAUAUGGAAGAGUCUGUGAACGACUCCAUCGUAGCUCCCAGGAAGAAAAGAGCAGCAGUGAUCUACGAUAGUGAUGAUGGCGAUGAUGGUGAUUGUGAUGAUGAUGAUGAUGAUGAUGAUGAUGAUGAUGAUGAUGAUGAUGAUGAUGGUGGGAGGCAACUUGAAAACUCCUUCCAGGUGCUCGGAGCCUCCACUCCUCGAUCAGCGCCCUCUGGCUCCACCCCUCUCCGGUCCAGAAAGAGUGUCGGGGGAAACACCUCCGUGGCCUCCCGCCUCUCCCUCCUCCUGUCAAUCAUCGAAGACGUGGAGAACCACAAACAGGACUUGGUGGAUGAGGAGGAGGAGGAGGAGGAGGAUGAUGAUGAUGAUGAUGAUGAUGAUGAGGAUGAUGAGGCCGAAGAGUCAGACAUCAUUGAUCCAUCUCAUGGCAAGGCAAGUCUGUUCAUGCAGCACCAUUCACACACAGCUGUUACAUCAAAACAAAAAUGAAUAAGUGAUUAUCAAUAAUGAAAAUACUCAUUAGUUGCAGCCUCAUCACAUGGAGAGAAAAUCACAAGAUGAGAUGAACCUUUAUUGAUCCUCCGUAGAGGAAAUUCAAAUGUGACCCAACAGCAACAUAAAAGAAAAAUAAAAUAAAAUAAGAAUAGAAACAGAAUCUGACAUAAAUAAGAUUUAAAGUAUUUAAUUAGAAAUACUGUCUAAAAAUAAAUAAUGAAGGAGUCUUUCUCGAGUUGAAGGAUGGAUG